AUUGAUGGUUACGUACUGUGGCGAACCGCACGCGUGUUGCGGCCAGUGAGUCAGUGGGCCUUCGUUACGAGUUUGUUUCGUCUACUACAUCUUUGUCUAUAAACUUAGGAAACUAACUGUACAAAUCCCGCAAACCCAGUCAAUGCGGUGAAUAAUAAGGAGGAAGAUACAAAAAAAGUAAAAAUGACAUCAGAAAAAAUAGCACUAGUCUCCAAUAGGGUACAAAAAGUCACAAAAUUAGUUCCACCCGAUGGAGAAUGGGGGUGGAUGGUGUUAAUAGGAACAGCAUUAUCUAAUAUUUUCAAUCAAUCUAUGCUGUCUCUAUUCAGUUUGCUAUACGGAGAUGCGUUAGAAGCAAUGGGACAUAAGACACAAGGUGCAGCCGUGGUGUUGAGUACCAUGUUGUUCGUCACCAACUUUGGAGGGCCCAUUGCAGGAGCAGUUGUCAAACUGUCCUCACCAAGAAUGGUGGCCGUAGUAGGAGCUUGCUCGUGCACUCUGGGAAUAUUCUUGAGCGGAUUUUCAACGAAUAUUUGGCAUUUAACCUUGACCUACGGCGUUUUAUUAGGUCUGGGUUUGGGUUUCAUCCAGAACUCAUCGUUCGUGGCCAUAAACAGCUACUUCAAGCUCCGUAAGAGUCGGGCGGUGGGGCUGGCCAAUGUGGGCACAGGUGUGGGUCAGACCGUAAUGCCGCAUUUAGUCCGGUACCUCUUGGAGGGUUACGGGUUUAAAGGCGCCUGCUUACUGCUGUCCUCCUUGAGUUUACACGGGAUUGCAGGUACACUAUUAAUACAGCCAGUGGAAUGGCACAUGAAGAAGGUCGAAGUUGAAGUGGAAGUAGAUGAAAAAUUACAAUUACUAGAAAACAAACACAAAGAUAUUGUCAUUAGGAAAAAUUCGGUUGCAAAUGGCGUGGAACUCACAAAGAAAUUAGACAGAAGAGCAACAGAACCCGCUGUAGUGGGUGCCAAAAAUGGAAACGAAAAUGGAUCUAAUGGCCAAAGAUCAGAGAGCCAUAAAGACAUCACAUUUAAUGGGAAACCGGCUGAUAACACAGUUAUCGUAGUGGCGCCGCAAAAUAAAAGUUGGCUCAAAAAACUAUACGACUUGUUCGACAUUUCCCUGCUAUCCAGUCCACGGUUUCUGAACAUCAUCAUCGGGACUGCGCUCUCAGUCACUUCCAUCCAAAACUUCAGUAUGCUGUUCCCGUUCUUCCUACAGAAAGUAGCAAACUUAAAUAAACAACAAACAGCGACGUGCAUGUCAGCCGUCGCAAGCGCAGAUAUUUGUGGGCGUCUCAUCUUGCCGAUAUUCCAAGACAAAUACAGAAUUAAAGCGAGAUGGAUGCUGAUCAUGACUUCUGUGUGGCUGAUUGUCACAAGGCAAAUCUUGGCGUACCAGACCGACUUCACCGUAUUGAUCGUAAUGGCCUGCCUCUACGGCUUCGGAAGAAGUAUGGUGAUAGUCGCGAGGAAUAUUGCCAUCUCUGAAAAUUGCAAGCCCGACCAGGUGCCUGCAGCCGUUGGUUUAGGAAUGUUGACCAUGGGCAUCAUAGUUCCCCCUGCUGGCUACUUCCUUGGCUGGAUCAGAGAUGUCACUGACAGCUACGUCGUAUGCAUCACGGCGCAGAACAUACUUCUAGUAGUGCUACUGGCAACGUGGAUCCCAGAUAUGCUGAUCCUAUGGAUACACGAAAGAAAAGAAAACAAAAAAGACAUCCAAAUACAAAUGACGUAGUUUGAGCUUGAAUGAUUGAAGGUGUCUCUAAGAGAGACGAU